CGUCGUUACUUCCUCCUUUGUGCUUCACUACCACCUCGCUAGUACGCUGCCUUCACUGACAUGUUGUCAGUUGUUCAAGGGUGACACAAGUCCUUCCACCUUAUUUCCCGCUUCGGACUUGUUCUGGGAGUUCCUACCGAGCAGGGAAGAGGGAGGUUUUUUUGUGCCACAAUGGCUAACGUCACUUUUUGGAAGCACCGUCUUUGAAAACUUCCACGGAGGUGUACUUUGUUGGUUUUGUUUAAUUUAAAGGGGGGACCCAGAGGACGAGAAACAUGAAAAAACAAUUUAACCGUAUGAGGCAACUUGCCAACCAAACAGUCGGAAGGGCUGAGAAGACCGAGGUGCUGAGUGAUGAUCUUCUUCAGAUCGAGAGGCGCAUGGAGCUGGUGCGCUUGAUGUCGCACAACACACACAAGAAGCUGGCGUCCUGUCUGCAAGGUCAGCUGGGCACAGACUCGGAGAAAAGACACAAAAAGUUGCCCUUGAAUGCACUUUCCCAGGCCAUGCAAGAGGGCGGCACACAGUUAGGCUACGAGAGUCUGAUUGGCAAGAUGAUGGAUGUGUGCGGCGAGGCCGAGAGCAAGUUAGCCACGGAACUGAUGGUGCAUGAAGUGCAGAUCGAGAGGGACAUCAUGGAUCCUCUCAACCAGCUUGCUGAGGUUGAGAUCCCUAACAUAUUAAAACAGCGGAAGCAACUCGCCAAACUGGUCCUGGACUAUGACUCUGCCAAGACAAGGUGGCUCCAGGCUUUCAAGUCUAACAACCAGGCCAUGGCUGCUAAGGUGGACUCCCUCAAGGACGAGAUGGAUGAGACACUCAACAAAGUAGAAAUAUGCAAAGACCAGCUAUCGGCUGACAUGUAUAACUUUGCAUCCAAAGAAGGAGAAUAUGCACGCUAUUAUCUCAUGUUAUUAGAGGCCCAGGCUGACUACCACAGAAGGUCUCUGGCGGCUCUGGAGGAAGUUAUACCGACUAUACAAUUACAGCAAGAUUCCUGGACAGAGCAGCCUGCGUUUGGCAUGGCCCUGGAGGAGCAUUUGAAGCGUAGCAACCGAGACAUCGCUCUGCCCAUCGAGGCCUGUGUCAUGAUGCUGCUGGAGACUGGGAUGAAGGAAGAGGGUCUGUUCAGAAUAGCAGCCGGAGCUUCAAAGCUAAAAAAACUGAAAGCCGCCCUGGACUGUUCCACUUCCCAGCUUGAAGAGUUCUACUCCGACCCCCAUGCAGUCGCCGGAGCCCUCAAGUCUUACCUUAGGGAACUUCCUGAACCUCUAAUGACUUUUGGACUGUAUGACGAGUGGACGCAGGCAUCCAAUGUGCCUGACCCUGACAAGAGACUUCAGGCGUUGUGGGUGACAUGUAACAGUUUACCAAAGACUCACAAAGCCAACCUCAGGUACCUGGUGAAGUUUCUAGCCAAACUAGCUCUAGAUAGUGACGUCAACAAGAUGACUCCCAGCAACAUCGCCAUCGUCCUGGGACCCAACCUGCUCUGGACAAAAACAGAAGGGACGCUGGCAGAAAUGGCUGCGGCGACAUCGGUCCAUGUGGUCGCCAUCAUCGAGCCCAUCAUCCAGCACGCUGAUUGGUUCUUUCCUGAAGAGGUGGACUUCAACGUGUCGGGCAUGUUCGCCAUGCCCACCCACCCCUCGACGCCAGACUCCGAGAGGAAGCGCCCCGGCGGCGUGGCGGGGCAUGACGGGGACGGCGCCACUCAACCUCCCCGUAAAGACAGCACUGUUAAACAUCCGGAGCCCAGCCCACGUAGAGCCGGCACCACUAUUAGAAAGCAGCCACAGCAAACCUCACCCACCUUCCAACCCCCACUGGAACCUGUCUCAUUUGAGCCCCAGCCCCAAGCGGCGACCCCAGAGGUCGAGCAGCCGAGUUCGGCCGAUGGCGGUCCGGGUGCUGCUGCUGCUGGGGCCCAGCGGGUAGCCAGUGUGCAACCUCAAUGCGUCACCCAGCUCAGCGCAGAGGAGAGCAGCCCAGGCCAGGAGCUGGCGUCCACCCCACCUCCACAGAGGAAUGGUUCAGUCCAUCUUACAACAGGAACCCCGCAGUCCCAGGGCGGGUCCAGGGGGCCCAGUCCUCACAUGGCCCGCAGAGGAACCAAGAAACAGGCACCAGCUCCACCCAAGCAAGCCAGCCCCUUUGCAUCCCAGUCCAGCAACCACACACCCGGGCCCGCUCACCACCCGCCCAUCACGCCCCGACGCCACCCGGGCAAAGAGAGCCCCAUCCACGCUCCGAGCCACCCUCCGCCUCAGCCGCCCCCACCCCAGCAGGCUGAGCAGGAUCCCUCGCCGCCCAGGACGCCAACCCCACCGGGCACCCCGCCUCACGACGGACCCCAAUCCCACCCGCUGACCUCCUACCACUCCUUAUCUCUCCCUCGCCCCUCUCGGCCGGCGCCCAAGCCACGGCCCCGCCCUAACAUGCCACCGCCUCCCCAACCUGCGGUCAGCGACGGUGGAAUCUUCAGCUCCGCUUCCAAGUUCAUCACAGACAGUGGCCUGGUCAUAAAGGGGAUCGGGCGAGCCUGGAUCCCGGAGAUGACGGUGAACCAACAAGAACAGCCCCCUGCUGGUCAAGAACCCGCCCAGGACCAACCGCCACCAAUGCUGGACCCCAGCACGCAGAGAGAGAGCACCUGCCUGUGAGCCUUCCAUGAGGUCAUGCUUUAUUUUUGCUAUUUUGAAAAUAGGCAAUCUGCUACCAGUCUGACAACAGGCGUAAUACUAAAUAAUAGUAUUUAUUAUUAUCAUGAAUCUAUUUAACAAUGAUGUGCAAUUGAAAUAGAAAGGACCAAAGAAAUAACAAAAAGGUAAAUUUGAUGCCUUUUGGCUUUUAUGAUGGUUGGCAUUGACCAAAUCUUCAGGCAAACGUGCAAUAUGAACUGCACUUUGUCUUCCACUGGCACAUAUUCUUGGGGUACAACAUAUACUUGGAAUAGAUUUCACUCUAAAUUACUUGGAGGGUAUUUGUAUUCUUAAUGGCCUUGUUUAUUUAAAAAUAGUAUUGUCAACGCUGGUAAAUGACAGAUCCCCAUCCAGCUCAAAGCUUUGACCAAAUGUAUCUAAACCAAGGUGUUCCCCUUUUAUACAUACCGUUUCUUGGCGGCAUUUGCUACGUUUGUGCAGAUAUGACAUCCCGGUGUUACUGCAUCCAUGAUUAAAGACUCUUC